ACUCACAGUUUGUUUAGAUGUUCAGCUGCUGCGUCUUUAAUACAUUUCUGUCACUUCUCUGUUUCUAUUCUUGAUGAUUUCCUCUCUUUCUUGACAGCAAACCAAACGUUUUCUCUUUGUUUUGACAAGAGCUUUAAAUAUCCUGUUUCAGGAGUCUUAUUGAGUUUUUGUGUUGAGAUGUUGAAGAUGAGUUUGCAGGUGGAUUUGAUGUGCUGUAAAUCAGUAGGAACUGAUCUGUCCAUGCUGGAUAUUGAUGAUUUGAUGACAGAAAUCUCUCAGCUGAAGAAAGAGGUGGCGUUACUGGAGGCAAAGCUGAGGGAAAGAGGAGAUCCACUGAACGGAGAGGAGCUGGAGAAGGUUUCCUGUCAAUCUUCAGUGUGUGUGACUGAUGGGACCUCCACAGAAUGUCAGGAUUCAGUGUGGAGCGUCAGAGAUCAGAGAUCCAGAGACACACAGGACUCUGCGCUUGGAUUCACUUUACUCUGUUAUACUGACGCUCAGGAGAGUGUGUGUGACAGUAAUCAGGGUGAUCAAACCUCCACAGAGUCUCUGGCUUCUGUCUGUAACGCUGGAGAACAGCAGAUGCUGCAGAUACCAUUGAAGAUGUGUUCAGUGAAGCUGCUGGACUGCAGGAACCUGAUGGAGAUGAGAGGAGAAACCACAGCAGAGGAACAGCAUGAUGAUCACCAUGAAGAUGAGGAGGAGGAUCAUGAGGAUGUUAUUCAACAUGAUGAUCACCAUGAAGAUGUUGAAGAUGAGGAGGAUGUUAUUCAACAUGACAGUCAUGAUUAUGAGGAUUUCAUUCCUUCAGAUGCAAACAGUGGUUCAUGUUCAGAUGGAGAAAAGGCUUCUACAUCAAAAGAGUGUCUGUCAGCACAAAGUCUUUCCUGCAUCACCUGUCAGAAGACAUUCAGCUCAAAGCGACGCUUAGCAAGACAUGAGAGAAAACACACAGAACAGAAAAUCUUCAAAUGCAGGACAUGUGGAAGCAGCUUUUCUACCUUCAAAGAGAAGAACCUUCAUAUAAAAAUGCACAGAGGAAAGAAGCAGUACCACUGUGAGCAGUGCUGGAAGGUUUUCUUUUCUCCUUCUAAUAUGAAUGCUCACAUGAAGACACACAGUGCUGAAAAGCCUUUUCAAUGCAAUGAGUGUGGCAAGUGUUUCAGAACGAAAGGAAAUCUUGUUGCUCAUAAGAGAAUACACACUGGAGAGAAACCGUACAAGUGUCCUCACUGUGAGAAGAGAUUCAACCACAAGCCCCAUCUGAAAAAACAUGUCCGUGUACACACCAAAGAGAGGCCGUAUCAGUGCAGUGAAUGUGGGAAAACCUUUGCAGAGUCAGGUACUCUUAAGUCUCAUCAGAAAAUACACACUGAGGAGAAACACUAUCAAUGUUCACUGUGUGAUAAACGUUUCCAUGAGAAAGCUAAUCUGAUAGUCCAUGAGAGAAGGCACUCUGGAGAGAAACCUUACCUCUGCUCUCACUGUGGAAAGAGCUUUUAUGCUCAGGGUCAUUUGAGCAUUCAUCUGAGAGUGCACACGGGAGAAAAGCCUUAUCACUGUAGCGAUUGUGGGAUGAGUUUCUGCCAACACUAUAACUUUGUAAAGCACAAGAGGACACAUACUGGAGAAAGACCUUACAAAUGCACUCAGUGUGACAAAACGUUUGCUCGACCGGAUGUCCUGAAAACCCAUCAGAGAGUGCACACAGGAGAGAAACCUUACAGCUGCUCUACCUGCGGGGAAAGAUUCACUUAUUUAGGAAGUUUUAAUACUCAUAAAAAGAAACAUGCUAAAGAACAAAUUGUCCUGGAAUCAUCAUAGUGUUUUUGUAUAAAAUUGAAAGACAAGUAAUUAAAAAAAAGUCUGUUGCAGAUGGAUAGAUUUGAACAACACCUUUUUAUAUGAACAGUAAAUGUAACAGUAAGUAGACCAUUUGGAUGUCAUUCUUACGAUUCGAACUACCAUUCUUACAAUGUGAAUUAAACAAUGUAUUAUGCAGCAGAUCCUAAUAAAGCUACUGGGUAAAUGGAUUUUAACUGGAAUUUUUUUCUGUCUUACAAACCACCCUAAACCACCACCCAUGCUAUGUGGUAAAGGGCUACCAAUUGAUUUCACAGCUCAAACAGCAAAUUAAAAAUGUACCGUUUCAACUGGAGCAACAAUGUCCCUAAUCUCAGUCCACUCUACCUGUCAUCCAUCCAAGACUGUACCAAUGUACCAACAAGUCUAUACCUGCACAACACGGUCUGAAAAAAGAAGAUCCAGGACUCUACCAGCUCCAUUCUUCAGGUUUUAUGGGUAGCCUCAGCAUGAGGACAACCUUCCAUAGGCCAGCAGCCAUAUCAUCCUAUAGCUAUAGACUGGGAUAGAUCUUAUUUUAUUAAUACAUUUUCUAUUUUUCUUUUUACUAUAAGGUGCAAGUAUAAGGUGUGUAAUCUGAGGGUCUGAUUUAUAAUGCAAUUAUAAUCCUGUUAUAAUUAUUACAUAAUCAACUAUUCUAUAACCAUUUCAUUCUAUUUUAAUUCAAUAAAUAAUUAUUGUAUAAGAGCGAUUUUAUCAUCUUCAUGUGGUUUUCAUGUACUGACCUUGUCUUGACUGUUUCUGUAGAUUAGCAGGCACAUCUCACAAGUUUUGUGUGUCCUAGUCAGGGGAGUAGAAGACACGGCUGUUGUUUUGCAGAUCAGUUCUCUUCUUAUCUUCAUUAUUGUAUGAAGAUUUGGGGCCUGCUUGAACUUUAAUAAAAGCAACUCUUUUAAG